AUGAUAGUCCGUAUCCAACAGACUGAAGAGUUUCCAUCACCGAAACGAUAAAACAUGCGAUUGCUUUCUUUAUUGUUGGGAUCAGCUAAAAAGUCUACUGCUUCUACCUGGCUAGGCGUGAAAAGACAAGUUUCUAAACCAAAAGUUAAACGUACAGUUACGUUUGGUGCUUUGACCACAGGAUUUGGCAUUGCUGGAUACUCAUUAGCGAGUGCUGCUCAAAAAUACCAUUUUUAUCCAGUCGUAUAUACUGAUGAACAGAUAAAAGAAAUAAACCACGUUGAAAGUUCGAUUCAAGGCUUAAAUCUCGUUCAGGAGUUGCGCCGUGAUCCAGCAUAUCGUGAAAUUAGAAUUCCGUUCAAUCGUAGCCGUCAUGGGUUUACGAACAACUUGCUGGCUGGCUAUGGAAGAGUUACUGUACCUCCAUUAGUAUUUUAUAAUAAAGAAACAACUCAAGUCUUAGCAGUAGCGCACAUUGGAGAAGAUGUUGGUCUUACAGAUGGAUCUAUUCACCCUGGUUUACUUGCAACAUUUAUGGAUGAAGUAUUAGCUCUAUGCAGCUUCUUGGGUCUUCCCAACAACAUUGGCGUAACAGCAAAUUUAUCAAUUUCUAAUCCGUCAAAGGCAUAUGUGAAUCGGUAUUAUGUUCUACGUUCGCAGCUUGAGUGGACCAAAGGACGCAAAGCCAAAGUACAUGGUUCUGCAUAUAUGCUACCCGAAAAGGAAGGAUCAAAGGAUUCGACAUGCGUUGCAAUUGCAGACGGUCUUUUCGUGGAACCUCGAUUUGCCAAGUAUCUUAAGCAUGUAAUUCCAUUCCAGUUAUAAUGCACACUGGACGAAUGCGAGAUUUAUAUUGGCAAAAAAGUCUCUUUGAACAGGAAAACAAAGGAAUUAAGUAAGGAAGCGUUCUUUAUUACUAUUUAAUGGUGAUACUGUUCAGUUAUGAUAAACUCUGCACAAGACAAGUAGAAUGAGCGGCCGUGAAAUUAGGACUUCUCUCUUUUUUUUUAAAUGAUUAGGUUUAUUUUAUGGAUCAUUGUGUCGACAGACAUUUUCGUGUGAGUCCUUUUUUCUUGUUUUGAAUUGUACAAGUAGUAGUAUCCGACUUGCCUUGUCAGAACUAAUGCUAUAAUGCUUUAAAUUAAUAAAUAAAAUAAAUUGGAAAGGAUUAUCCUAAUUCUAUUUUAUCACCAUCU